GGAACUUUAAAAAUAAUUUUGUCCAGACUCUCAGCUGACCAAAAGCUACAGGAUGGCGGCAACGAAGCUGCUGCUCUUGGGACUCUGUCUUUCUGUUAUGAUCUCUGUCUCUGUUUCACAAAGAUUCCCGAUGUAUGGUGGCGGAGGCGGAGGAAGAUUUGGGGGUAUAACACCCGGGGCCCGUCUUGCUAACUAUUGCGGGAUGUAUAAUAAGGAGAAGGUGGAUGAGGGAUAUACGUGCAACUGGAAUGUUCUGAAAAAAAUAUUUGAGAAGGAUAAGGAAAUCAACCAUGACGAAUCUAUGAGACAGCUCUUCCGAAUGGCGAGGAACGGAAUGUUGUGCUACACCGAAGGUGCUCGAAUCGUGAACGUUAGAGGGCCUUGUCAUGCCAUGGAAGUUUCAUGCCAUCACUUCGCCCAUAGUAGCGCAAUUGAUAACUGCUGGAGAGUGUCACAAGCAAAUCCACCUGCGACUGCUCGACCAAACCCACCUCAAGCUCCAGGUGGCCGCGGUAUCUAAACACAUGACGGUGCUAUUCUAGUCCGCCGAACUUAAAUUGUAAUGCCCGGUACGCCGCACGAGUCCUCAUUUUGCUGACGCAUCAUUGCGUCAGCGACAAUUUGCGUUCUUGACGUGCCAUGUUAGAUUGAGAUACUACAAAUUGUGAACGCAAAAUGAACAUUGCAAACAAAACGUUGAAGUGCUGGCGUAUGGCUUAAUUCUUUUAUUGGCUUGACUUGCUCAGGUAAUAACGCAUCAUAAAUGACGCCUGUUCUAUGACAGGCAUUAAACUCUCAAAUAAAGCACGUAUAAUGGACUGCGUCAGUCACUGACGCAGUUCUUUAUCAGCAGAAUAACGCCUAACGUGCAACGGGGAGUCAUAUACAUUGUAUAUUACCUUCACUAAUCAAGCCUUUGAAAGCAAUAAGCGCAUUCGCCAUUAACUCAAAGUUUGCGCUGUUGAGCUUGCGUUAAUUUUUUGUCACUGACAACGUCGAAAUGAUGCGUCAAAGGGCAUAUUGCACAUUGGCCAAGAAUCACCACUUACUGACGGAGGACUACUUCAACCACUGGCACUUGCAAACCAUGUAAACCU